CACAAUUCUCCGCCAUGCGGCGCUAGCGGCGCCGCAGCGUCCACCUCGCUCAACCGUUACGCCGACGACAUCGACGCAACUCGCCAGGCGCGCACAUUGGGGCGUGUCACCGCCGCCGCUUUCAACACCUCCCCACACUACCCACCUUACUUUGGUCUAGUUUGUUCUGUCUCGCCUUGACACGUGUUGCUGUGUGGCGAAGUGUGAUUGCAUUUCGUGAAAUGGCUCUCCAAGGGUCCCGUAAAGAGAACUUCGCCUUGCCGGCGGAAGACAGGUGGCCUUUGCGGACGCUCGGUGAGCCCAAAUCUCGUCCUCCCCCCGAGUACCCGUCACAGUGGUUCGCGGCGCAUCCGGGAUCGAAGCCAAUCGCCUACGUAAAGCGCUGCUUCGCUUCGGAAGAGGAUCUCGCGAGAGCCGUGUCGGCAGGCCUAGCUUCCGGCCGCUUGCCCGUCGAGUACGUCGUCCAGUUCAUGCACGUCGAAGGGACAAAAAUCAAGGAUACGCUAACGGAAGAUUGGACUUCGUUUGGUGUGACCAUCGGCUGCGCUGGCGAAAAGAUAUCGCCGUGGGACCUUUUGACCAUCACGGAACAGUCAGUACCCCCGGGAGACCUUGUCGACACAGUGCCGGCUGCGAAUGACGAUAAUUGCUCGCCGGACUGUACUGGCCUCUUGGCGGUUGUGGUGUGCAUCUACCGCCUUCUCGUAGCCAAUUGCCUCGGAGGAACGCGAGAUUACAUACAACACUUGCAGGACAACAACCUUAAACGGAUCUUGCAGAUAUUUAACAGCAGCGGUCGGUAUUUGGAGGGCGCUGAGAAGAACUUCGGCCAAUGGAUUAAAGACAGAUCCUACCUGUCGUUAAUCGCUGCCUUGGACAUGUUCCUGUACCGCUUUAGCAGUCACAAUAUGGCUAUCCUGAGGGCCGGAACAAAGGUGUCGAGAAACAAGCACUGUACCGUCCGCGACGAUAUCGCACGCUUGUGCAAGGAGACCGGACUACAGCCACCCGAGCUUGUCGAGUGGGUUUUUAUUGAACGGGCUGCGAAUGAACUACACGUGAUCUUUCGAAAAGGUCAAGAGAUGGACGUCAAGUAUUCUUACGCGCCGUACCUCAGUGACCUGGGCCUGUGUCAGCGUUCGCCGUACUCUGCGACCGCGAAUCCCUUGGUUCACUACUGGUGCAACGCUACAAUAGCACUUAAGGGCUCAUGGGCAGCUCAGAAAUCGAGAAUUACGUACGAUGGUGAUCUCUCCGGCGUAACCAUCAAUGCUGUGGUACUUGCUUACGCCAAGCAUACAGUCAGCUUCGGAUGUCUUGUCGCCUCAACAUUGAAAGAGGAUGAAAAGAUUCAGAAGAUGCUGCUAGCCGUACAAAAUGCCCCCAGGGAAUUUCGCCACAUGCCCAAGAAGUUCGAGGCUGCACAAUGGUACCAGUACCUCUGGGAGAAUUCAUUCAUUAUCGACCCUAAAAUUUCCAAAUACUGCGUCUCGAUGCUUCGCACUGCUGAAAUGGAGAAGGGUUGUGGGAGCCGAAUUGGCUCUGUGGGAGCCAAAUUGGCUGAGCUUAUUCCAAAGUAAUGUAUGAAAAUGGCUUUCUUUUCUUUUUCCGCGAGGACAUUGGUCCAUUUGGUCUUCUAUAUACAACCGCACUGAAGAUACCCAUGGUGCCUCGUAUCUGCUAUUUCGUUACAGCUAAUAAAAGGUCCUGAGCCGUUUAUGCGUUUAUACCGGCUGUGUGGUGCAAUUUACUUCGUGAUUUAAAUCAUCGCUGUAGCGCUUGAACUAUUUUUUUCUGGCCACGUGCUAAUACACUGUUCUUGUUUGAUAGUGUGAUUCACGGUGCAUUUGGGAAUGCUGUCAUAUUCCACCAUGUUGUCAUUUUGGGCUAAUCGGUGAAGCUGUACGAUGCAGCCCCGUGAGCCAAUCAGAACUCGCGAGAUGGUGAAUUCGAAAAUGUGGCAGUAUAAGAGCGUGUGCAGAUACCACCCCCGGUGUUACAUCCAAAACGCA